UGUGGAGGGAGGAGAGGAGAUCAGUACAGGUGUUGAUGUGGUUUCCGCAUGGCUUUAUUCAUCCUUGCUGUGAUGACUGUAGGUUACUGGACAUGGAUAGCUGCGGUCAGAACACCUACGCAAUCUCACCAUAGUUUCCCGUUGUAUUCGGUAACCUUGCUUUUCGGGGAUACGGAGUGUAUCAUUUAACUUACGGUGGAAAUAAUUAUCACCAACCAAACGGUACUAUGGUGCAUCACUCGGGAUCCACACAGUCCUUCAAGCAGCAAAACGGCAUGCACACAAGCAUCAGUGAGAUCUUGAAGGAGAAGCCGCUGAAGCCGUCCCGUCGCAGUCUGCCCUGCCUGGCUCAGAACCAGAUACACCCACAGAGCCUCAGCCACGUUCUGUCCAUGCCCUGCACCCCCGACGACAAGCCCCAGACACCGCCGGAUCUCCAGGACCAGACACGUGCCCAGCUCCAGACCCAGCAGGUCGACCCCUGGUUACAGCACCAGGCCCAGGGAAAGGACCACCGUCAGCUCCAAGCCCAGACCCAGCCUCUGACCCACAGUCACAGCACCUCCUGCACCCUCAUCCCUUCAAAGACAGGUCAGUCACCCCGUAAACCUUACCCUUACCUCAAGCCCCGUAAACCUAACCCUUACCUCAAGCCCCGUAAACCUUGUCCUUACCUCAAGCCCCGUAAACCUAACCCUUACCUCAAGCCCCGUAAACCUAACCCUCAAGCCCCGUAA